AAGCAGACAUCCUCUCUCCUGAUUGGGCAGGAAGGUGUCGGAGAAAACUGUCUGAGCGGAGGGAGAGACGGAUCCAACAGCAGUUUAUCUCCUCUCUGUCUCCACUGACUCUGCUGCUUGUUCCUGUGCGCAGCGAGCUGAGGACUGAGAUGUGACUGCUCACCGGAGGAAUACAGCGUGUCUCUCUGGGAUUUCUCUAUUUUAUUCUCAGCCGGCCGGAUGAUGGGAGCGGACAGGCGUGGAGGGAUCUUGGCCACUUGGGUUGCGCUGCUUCUAUGUGUGAUUACUCUUGUGUGCGCAGUGGAAGAGACGGUGAUGGAUACACGGACGGCGACAGCUGAGCUCGGCUGGAUAUCGUUCCCUGCCAAUGGAUGGGAGGAGGUGAGCGGCUACGACGAAAACCUUAACACCAUCAGGACUUACCAGGUGUGCAAUGUAUUUGAGCCGAGUCAAAACAACUGGCUGCUCACCACAUACAUUGACCGGCGGAACGCACAACGCAUCUACGUGGAGAUCCGCUUCACGGUACGGGAUUGUGCUUCCAUACCAAGUGUCCUGGGCUCCUGCAAAGAGACGUUCAAUCUUUACUACCUGGAGACUGACAGGACUGUGUCAGAGAGCAUCAACGGGGUGGAGUAUUGGGCCAAUGCCCCUUUUUUAAAGGUGGACACCAUUGCAGCUGAUGAGAGUUUCUCCCAGGUGGAUUUUGGGGGUAGACUGAUGAAGGUGAACACUGAAGUAAGAGGUUUUGGACCUCUCUCCAAGGGCAAAGGCUUUCACUUGGCUUUCCAGGAUCUGGGUGCUUGCAUGUCCCUUUUGGCAGUUCGAGUAUUCUACAAGAAAUGUCCAAGCAUUGUACAGAACUUUGCUUUUUUCCCUGAGACGCUGACAGGAGCAGAGUCCACAUCCUUGGUUAUCUCCCGAGGAAGCUGCAUUCCAAACGCUGAGGAGGUAGACGUGCCUAUAAAGCUCUACUGUAACGGAGAUGGAGAGUGGAUGGUCCCGAUUGGCAGCUGCAGCUGUAAGGCAGGCUACGAACCAGACAAUGGCAACGUGUGUCGAGCUUGUCCUCAGGGCACCUUUAAGUCGUCCCAGGGGGCAGGAUUAUGUCAGCAGUGUCCGCUCAACAGUCGCUCCACCAUCGAAGCUGCCACCCUCUGUGGUUGUCGGAAUGGAUAUUACCGUGGAGACAUGGACAAACCAGAGGACAUGUGUACCAGCGUUCCCUCUGCUCCUCGCAAUGUGGUUUCAGUGGUGAAUCAGACGUCGGUGAUCCUGGAGUGGCACUCGCCACGCGACACCGGGCACCGGGACGACCUGUCAUACAACGUGGUGUGCCGGCGUUGCCACAGCAGCGAGCGGCGGGCAUGCCAGCCAUGCGAUGACAGCGUGGUUUACACUCCGGGCAAGGAGGCGUUGAAGGGAACAAGGGUGGAAAUCAGCAAGCUUCGUGCUCACACCUCGUACACCUUUGACAUUCAGACAGUCAACGGAGUGUCCAAUAAGAGUCCUUAUCCCGCCCAACAGCUGUCAAUCAACAUUACAACCAAUCAGGCAGCUCCCUCUGAGGUUCCCAUAAUGCACCAAGUGAGCUCAACGAGCCGCAGCUUCUCUCUUUCAUGGCCGCCACCCGAGCAGCCCAACGGGAUCAUCCUCGACUACGAGAUCAGAUACUACGACAAGUUGCAGUCGUCGUUGCUGAACAGCUCAGUGGUCCAGAGCGAUACGCCCAACGUGGUCCUUGAGGGCCUGAGGCCCGGCACCGGCUACGUGGUCCAGGUGAGGGCCCGCACCGUGGCAGGCUACGGAGCCUACAGCAAAGAGAUGCUCUUCCAGACCCUCACAGACGAUGAGUACAAGUCAGAGCUUGGACAGCAGCUCUACCUGACUGCAAGUUCUUUAGUAGGCGGCGUGUGCAUCGUCUCUCUGGUAGCUCUGGUUAUCGUAUGCACCAGGAGGAGACAUUUGAAGGAGAGUGUGUAUGGCGACAAGCUGCAGCAGUACAACACAGGAGGAGAAGUGACUCUGAGACCAGACAUGUUUGGCGGUCCAACCCCGACUGUGACCUUUCCCACCCUAUCUGAGGGUCGCAGUUCACCAGGGGUCAAGAUCUACAUUGACCCCUUUACCUAUGAAGAUCCCAACGAGGCGGUGCGGGAAUUUGCCAAAGAAAUCGACCCCUCUUGUGUCAAAAUAGAGGAAGUCAUCGGAUCAGGUGAGUUUGGAGAGGUGUACAAAGGUCGCUUGAAACCUCUUGGGAAAAAAGAAAUCCCCGUAGCGAUCAAGACCCUUAAGGUGGGCUACUCUGAGCGUCAGAGGAGAGACUUCUUGGCCGAGGCGUCGAUCAUGGGCCAGUUCGACCAGCCGAACAUCAUCAGACUGGAGGGCGUGGUCACAAAGAGCAGACCGACCAUGAUCAUCACAGAGUUCAUGGAGAACGGCGCACUGGACUCAUUCCUGAGGCAAAACGACGGUCAGUUCCCGGUAAUCCAGCUGGUUGGCAUGCUGAGAGGCAUCGCAUCUGGAAUGAGGUACCUGGCGGAGAUGAGCUAUGUUCACCGGGACUUAGCAGCGCGAAACAUUCUGGUGAACAGCAACCUGGUGUGUAAAGUAUCCGACUUCGGCUUAUCGCGUUAUUUGGAGGAGGAUACCUCUGACCCCACCUACACCAGCUCACUGGGGGGUAAAAUCCCAGUGCGGUGGACGGCUCCAGAGGCGAUCGCCUACAGGAAAUUCACUUCUGCUUCAGAUGUGUGGAGUUACGGGAUCGUCACCUGGGAGGUGAUGUCGUACGGAGAGAGACCUUACUGGGACAUGAGCAACCAAGAUGUAAUAAACGCCAUAGAGCAGGACUUCAGACUGCCGGCUCCCAUGGACUGCCCGGUAGUGCUGCACCAGCUGAUGCUGGACUGCUGGCAGAAAGACAGAAACGCAAGGCCAAAGUUCUCUGACAUCGUCAGCAUGUUGGACAAAAUGAUCCGCAACCCUGCGUCUCUCAAAGCCGGCACCAGCAACAUGGCUCCUGGUCCUUCCCAUCAUCCUUUGUUAGACCGGGGAGCUCCGGAUCUGAGCAGGGUGAGCUCGGUGGAGGACUGGCUGGCUGCUCUGAAGAUGACUCAGUAUAGAGACUCCUUCAUCGGAUCGGGGUUCACGUCUUUGCCCCUGGUUACACAAAUCACAGCUGAAGACCUGGAGAGGAUUGGAGUGUCUCUUGCAGGACACCAGAGAAAAAUACUGACCAGCGUUCAGUCCAUGAGGCACCACACUGAUGACCAGUCCCCCACUGAAUCUGUGUAGCCAUGGGUGAAGAAACACUUUGAUAUAUUUGACCAUUCUUGAGUCUGUGAGUGAACAGACUUCUUUCUCACCAGUUUACUUAUUCUGAAGAUCUGUUAUGUCCCUUCACAGUCAUUAAAAACCCAUUUUAAAGACUCCAUUAAUGAUCUUGCAAUCAAUGGAGAUGUUUCUUAUGGUAUUUAGACUCUGAAGUUGGAAUCCCCCCCUCUGGAAAUUUUCUGUACAGGUUUUAUUUGUUGAACAGACUGAAAACAGCAAUGAGCAACACUGUGGAAAAAGAAAAUGACUGUUUGUCCUGAUGGUUAUCUCCUGAAAGGAAAGACGAAAAACCCCAAGUUCUGCUUGAAGGAUAACUUUGACUUCAACCUUUUCGCUCCACAAGCCAUUUUCAUCAAACUCAAUCGCUUAAGGAAGACAGGGUGUGUUCUUUUUUUUUUUUUUUUUUGAGGAUGAAUCAAACUAAGACUGUACUGUAAAAAGAAACUAGCUGAGGAGCCUUUUGUGUGAAUGGACAAACUGGACCAAAAGCCUGCUAGAAAAUGUUUCUGGAUGCAAGAGCAACAGCAGGCCUUCUUGUUUCCAGCAUGUUGUGUUGUGAGUAUUUAUUUCAUUGUGUUUGUGAAAACUACAACCAUUUGAAUCCGGACUGUUUAAAUGGGACCUUUUUGAAUCGAUCUUCACAUUGAAGAGUUAGUAAAUAUUGUUAUUUGGGAAUUUCUUCCCUUGUUGUUCAUUUACCCUUUGCUGUUUUGCAACGUUACUGGAGUAUUUGUGAUCUUUUAGUGAUUUACUUUCCAUUUUAUUCAUCACUAGUGUAAACUCUAAAGUGCUGUUGACUGGAGACAACAAACAUUUCUCAGUGCUCAGACAGAUGGCCCACAUAAAACACACAAUUUACACUUUUAAUGGAUGUUUUUGGGUUGAAUCGACGUCCUGAGAGGAAAGGAAAAUAUGACGGAACGCCUGGAUGACAACAUAUAUAAAUGCACAUCUCAAUCUAUUGAGGAAGAGUUUUUAGUUGAUCCAUUUUAAGAAUGACUUGAACAUGUGAUAUACUUGCAUUAAACACAAAGUAAUCUGAUAUUUUGUUAUGUAAAUUUUAAUGAUUGUGGCCAACAGCAAACAAAGCCUAAGACAUAGUUUCUCAUAAAAUUACAAUAUCAUACAAAACUGACUUUCAGAACAGAAAUGCUGUCCUGAUGAAAUGUGGUGAUUGUAGCACAGUGGACAUGAAGACUAAAGCAGGUUUUGACAGAAUGAACCGGUACUAAUGUGACCUGGAAAAUGAAGUUAGCAGCUCUGUAAAGCUCAUCAGCGGAGGUAAACAUGGUGUUUCCUGCUUGAUGUUGAGCCGACUUAAUAAAAUGCUGGACCAACACCAGUCGCCAACAUGGCUCCCGAAUCAUCACUGACUGCACCAGGAUAAACACUUUUUGUGCCUCUCCAAAAAAAACUUUGUCACCCAAACUAAUUAAAUACAAAAAUCACUUUCAUCUGAAAAUUCGACAACAUGCUGUAAAUCUUCAAAUUCUUAUAUGGCCUCAAGCUUGUAAAUCUGUUUUUAGCACAUUUUUUUCCUUCCACUCAACUUUCCUUUUCAUUUUUACACUGGGAUACAACAGGACCUUUUUAUGCCUACCAUUGUGGAAGAUGUGACUUUCAUACAAAAUAUAGGAUUUAUAUAAAUUUAAUGGCCAAACCAUAUUCUUUCUGAGUGAAAAUCUUUUUAUUUUAUUUUAUUUUUUUACAGAUUUUACAGAAUUUACAUUUUCAGAUUAACGGAAUACUGGAUUUACAGUUAUUGGUCAUAAUUGUUAAACUUAACUGAAGAUGCUGAAGCGUAUCACUGCGUGAAAUGAAUAGUUAAUAGAUGAUCUAUCACAUUUUGAAUUAAGGCAUUGACAUCGAUUUGUUUAUAAUAUUCUAAUUCAUUGGUAUGCGCCUGCAGAAGCUCAAGCAUUGAUUUCCCACCUACAAAGUAAAUCAAUUACCUGCUAUAUGCUGAGGUGUGGCGGAAGAAAGCAGCUUAAGAGACUGACUGUGUGGAGUGAGACAAUAACAGCUAUCCACAAUAUCCCAGAGGAGGUAUUGUGUUCCCAUGUCCGGGUGUUUUGGCUGCAGAUCCUAAAUCUGAACGCCAGUCGAGUGUUAAUUCAGGGGCUGAACCAACUAGAAAUCAGCCGUUCAUCUUCUGUCCAUGACAAAUCUCAGUUCAGUCUAAAGUGUAUGGCUGGCAUCCAGAUGGCAUUCUUCCUCCUGCAGCAGGCAAUCUGGCUACACUUCCUGCAUCCUUUCUGUCCAUUUAAAUGCUGUUGGACGUGUCUCUGUUAUCAGAGUUUGUUCCACAUUGACGCCUCUGAUUAAAACCGUUGGAGAAGUUUGUAGAUUAAAUAGGGUCAAGCCACCUAUUUGUGUUCUGAUCUGCGGACAGCAACCUUUUUAACACCCUCAACAUUGAUUUGUUACAGUGAAGAUUAUGGAGAAAUUCUUUGCGCCAGCCGGCACAUUUGCUGAUUGUUUGUCCCAUUUCAGUCGUUAAUGAGAUGUUUGAUUCUCCUGUGAACGAGGCCUGAUCUUAUUGUGGAGAAGAAGUGCUUUUAUCUCAGCAUGGAGCGGAUUACCAGCUGUGAAACAACUGCAGUCUCCAACCCAAACCUCCGGCAUCUCAAGGAUUACCCUUCAGUUGCUCUGAUUGGGAAUUUUACUCGUCAUCGGCUGAGAGACCCGAUUCGCAGCGACAGGAAGUGACACUGUUUGCUUUCACUAGUACAAACUCUGCCUGUGUUUGUCUCUCGGCACUGCUCCCUGUUGCUCCGGUCUCUUUGUUUCUGAACAUUGUGACAUUGAAAUGUCAGAACCUCCGAAAAUGUUCAGUUUCCACUUUUCUUUUUUUUUUUUUUCUCACUCAAACUCUGUCCUCACGGCGCAACCGCAAUUGCGUUUGUUGCCUGGCAACGGCAGCUUAUUGAACAUUUUAUCAGGAAGUAUUGAGAUCAACUGGGAGCACGUCAGCGGUUCAGAGGAAUAAUUUGUUGUAAAUAGAUGCCUCUGGAAAAACAGGUUCAGCGAUAGCUAUGGGGUUUAAUAAAGAAUGAGACAAGCAGUGUGCCUAAAAGCUCAUACUGAAUGCUGCCUAAAAAUGUCAAGCACAAGAAAUGAAAGCUGUGGAAAUCGGAACCAUAAAACAUGCGUUUCUAGGCACUUUGAAACCAUUUCUUACGUCAUUUUCAUCUCCCUUUUAGAUAUGUGCUUUACAGGAAAUCUGACUGGUUAGCAUGUCAAUGUGAACUAACAUAAGUUCAUGUGUUAAGUCCGACUGUGACGAUUUAGUGCCCUCCAAGUUACAGAUGAAUAAAGUAAAGAUAAAUUCAGAUUUUGAUUGUAGGAGCUAAAAAUAUCAUCCGGAGAAAUGUUAGGAAACCCAACCUUUAUUUUAAGAAUAGUUAUUAAGUUGGAAAAAGUCUGAAAUUUAGAUUAAAGUUACUCAGCACGGGCAUACCAAAACAAAUAAAUCAAUCAUUUUCAUUUAUCUGUGUCUACAAACAUUUUAUUAGUAAUAUAAGAUUUCCUGUCAGUCACUUCAUCAAGAGCAGACAUGAGUUGAUCUAAAUAAAUCAGAAAAUAUUCACAACAAAACGUCUCCUGUCAAAAUAAUGCUAGCAUCAUUCUCCAAUAUGCUUUUCUAUCCUACCAUCACAGAAACCUUUACAUUUAACAGUUGCACUAUCAAGUGCAAAAACAAAAUAUAUAUGCAGAGGAUUGUUUUCAGAAUGUCUGUUGCAUAUUUUAGCAUGUUUCAGAGUGAGAUUAUGAUGCUGCCAUAUAGGAGAAGUGUAUUUCAAGGGUUUGCAACAUAGAGGUAAAACGUAACACUUGUGGAAGGUGCUGGACCUAAACUGGGGUAUUUUAUUCAGAGAUGGAUCAACUACUGCAGAGCUGUCUUGUUCCUGAGUCGUUCUUAAAAGAUAAAUCCAUAAACACUGAUGUCGGUGAUUAGUUUGGAUGUUUGUAUGCAAACAAGACUUAAAGCACACAGAGCUGAAACCCUCUGUAAUUAUAACUGAAUGUCUGGGUACCUGCUGUGUCUACGCAAGGCUGAAAUACACAUUUGAGAAGUGUUUCCAUAUUUCCACUAAAAGAAAAUAUUGUGAGGUUAUUUUUGUCUUAUUUAAAAAAAAAAUGUCUAAAAAUGAAUCUGCUGUAAAUCAUUUGAUAGUUUUCUCAUAGAGCAAUGAAGAAAUUACAAGAACAGCCCAGUUUAUGCAUCAAAAAAUUGAUAUUUAGAAGGUCAGAUUCCAACCAAGUGCAUGGAGUGUUUAUUACCAGGGACUGAUAAGUAAAUAUUUACCUAAAAUCCCAGGAUGCAUUGAGCUGGAUGACGGCUGCAACGACAAGUCAACAAAAUAUUUGAAGGUUGUUUUUAAACACCAUUAAAAAUUAUAACUUCACAUUAGUCAUACCAAGGUGCUAUUUUAUUUGUCUUGGACUGUUGAGAUCUGGAUCAUUAAGUCUGAGUUUAGUUUUUCUUUUGGCCUCUUAACCUUCAUACAUACUGCAGUUUUCUUAAGCAGUAAAUAAAUUCAAUGCUUAAAACUUAACUUUGUUUUUGACAUUCAAAGGCUUGGACUUUUGUUUGGAUUCAUCCUUCAGACCUCAGUCAGUCUUUGUCCGAAGCAAAGGGAUUUCCAGCUGUAUUUGCACCUACAGGCAGGUUGUUGGUGUGACAAAUAAGAAAUGUAGCUUUCUAAAUGCUAACAUUUUAUAAGAAGCAGUAAAGUGAUGUAGUCACAUUGACUGUUUCAGGCUUUUCACUGUGGAAAGAAAUGACCUAAAUUGAUUCAGAAAUGCCUUAAAGUGUACGACCACUGACAGCCGACUUCACACUGUUCACAACUCAUUUCUGCUUCAGACAGACAGAAAAAAAAACAUCUAGUGGUAUCAUUAAAACUCACUAAAUAGUGGAAUAGUAGAAUUGUGUUGAACAGUGUCGGAGACAAUAAGGAAUUAAACGUGAAUAUGUUUAGAAAUGCAAAUUUCCUUCUGUUUAUUCAUUCAUUUUUCAAGGACUUAAGUCCUAAACUGACAUAAGUGAUUCUGAAAAGAAGACUCUGUUUUUUUUACUUUUAUUUUUUUUUAAUAUUUGGCUGUUUUUAUUUUUUUGGAGUGUUUUUUUGUUUGUUAUGUGUGAUGUGGUUUUUACCCUUAUAGGCUUCCUGGAGCACCUGUUUCUCUUUCGGAAGAGUAGAAACAGUAAUAACUUACCAAAACUCCUUAAUUGCACCAGAGAAACAUGCUGCAUUUUUGCAUUUUUUUUUAAAAGAACAAACAGGGCACAAGAUGGGCUUAACAUGUUGACACAGUUGCUACGUAGCUCAUAAGAGUCUCAAACCAUUUACUAAAAAACACAGAAUAAUAUCUAAACAGUUUGCCAAAACUUCAUUUGAAGUCAUUGUCUUGUUAAGAAAGAUUUCUUGUUCAUAUUUCUGCUCACUUUUUUGCCAAUUAGAUAAGUUGAACGUUCCUCCUAAUAGAAUCAAAAGACAGUUGUUUCAUUCCGUCACUUGGCAAGCAUUUUUUAAAUUGUAAACCGAUUUCCAAACACUUUCAAGCACCGACUUCCCAGAUGGCGCCUUGUAAAAAAACAUCUGCUGCAUCACGUCAGUUCAGCAUUACAAAGCUGUACGUUUGACUCAACUGCUGCUGCAUGCCACACUUUGCAUAUAAGAUCAGCUGGAGAAGAAUAUUAAAGACAAAACACACGAGCAACGUUUUGAGACGAUAAACUCUUUGGCCAGUACUUUGUGGACGCUACUCUUGGUAAACGUAGAGUUUGCAUGAUGAACUACUUCUGAGUAUAAUAGUGGCGUAAUAAAUGAUUUUCAUAGUGACUGCUUUGAGUAUGCGCAGGCAAUUGGAUGCUUUAAUUUCCCAGCAGUGCUCCCUCCCGUUGCUGUUUCAUUGCUGUGCUUUGUGGCGUGUUACUGCCACCUGGAAUAACGCUGAAGCAUUGGCAGGAAUGUAAAUCACACCACUCAUGUGUGUUUGUGUUUGUAGGGGGAGAAAAAAUGAGAAAUGUCUCAUAAAAUGUGCAGAGACGUGAAUUCAGAGCGCAUCUAUUGUUUUAAGAUGAAAGCAAAAGAUGAGAUUCCCUGCUUGUGAUAUAGGAUGUAAUUAUGUAACAGCUCUGCGGCUAUGGAGCUUUUGCUGAACUUGCUACUCUGUAAGUAUGAGCAGGAACUAAGCAGUUAUUGUGGAUAUUUCUUGCAGGACCACAACUCCUUUCCUUUGUAAAAUGUCAACAUUUUAUGCAACUGCAAUUCAUCCUUGUAUGCCGGUAUUAUUGUCAGCGGAGACCAUGAGGAAAAAUGUUUCUCAGUUCCUUUCUGAAUGGCAGCUGCAGACAAAAAGCCUUCCCUGAAUGAUUCAGAUGGACUGACAGCUAAACCUGACAUUUACUGCAGAUAUUUUAGUUAAAACCCCAAAAGAAAAAACAAACAAACAAAAAACAAAAUAACAAAACAAAACAACAGUCUGCUCUAAAUACUUAUGGAUGGAUUUAACUUUUUAUUUCAAGUAUUUAGCUUAUUAGUCUGUUCUGGCUGUUGUUUUAGCUACUUAAGUGAGAUUAGAACUGAAAGAAGGUUAGAUAUGUAAGGAUAAAGUAUUGGAAAAAGGGAAUAGAAGAGACAAGGAUGAGGAAAGUUUGAAAGAGGUGGGAGGGAAGGAGAAGAGAGUGUCAAAGCCCAAGUUGUUUGAAUAAAAAUGAGGCUGGGUGUGGAGAGAUUUCUCUUUCUUUUUUUUUUGUCUUUCUGUCGGUCCUUUCCCAUCCACCUUCUUCUCCUAAUGCCCACAGUCUCUCUGAAUCUCUGCUUCCAGACCACAUCUCCACAGCCUGCUUUGAACACUUUGAAGGAAAAGAAGUCAUUCUAUUUUAGAUGGAGUCUUCUAUAAAGAAGAAGAAAAAACUUCUCUAAAAGAAAAAAAAAAUACAUUUUGAACUCAGAUCUCCUGAGCUACACUGGCACAUAUCUUUUUUUUUUUUUUUGUCAGAAAUCCCUGCAGUAUUUCGGUUUUGUUUUUGAUUUUAAGUGUUUGUCAAAACUGAAAGAAAAAAAAAAUCUCAACCUGCUUUUCCUCCUUGCGCAUUUCCUGUCUAAGUUCAUCAGAAUAAACUUAUUCAGGCACAGCAUGAACAAAAAUGUUAAUUUUACAGAUUUUAAGACUUUAUACUCACCAAAAGAAAGUAUUUUUUCUCUGAGUUUUGACUGUAGGGUUUUUUUUUUACAGAGUUUAAAAAAGAAAAUAAAAUUUGAUUUAUACAUCUCUCAAAAGGGCAUUUUGUCCUCAUGAGGUUUUAACAUGUUCUUUUAGUGUUUCUAUCGCUUAAAACAAAUUAGCAUGCCUAUUCAUCCAAUAAAUAUAAAAGAUUAUAACUAAUUAGUACUUCAUGGCACAAUCUCAAUGUGAUAAAAUAAUAUCUAAGUUUUAGUACAGCUUCACAAAGACACAAGCACGACUGUAGAGCAUUAAUCACACGGAAAUAUUCUAAAACUGCAAAACACUGGAAUAAUAAAUAUUGGUAUGAAGUAUGUUUUCUAAACGGUGAACACAAUAAUACAUUUUACAAAAUAUUGAAUUAUUUUGCUGUUUAGUUAAAUUCAAACUGUCUUCUUAUACACAUUUACAUUUUUCUUCUAUUACUAAAUUUUCUCAUGCUGAUGUACUUUUGUUCUACCUGCUUGCCAUACUUGUCUGUAAUGUACAAUUUCUCUUAAAAAAAAAAGAAAAAAUGGUUAAUAACUAAUUGUAAUUUGCCUUUCUAUGUUUACCUACAGUUACUGUUCUACUUGUUGACGGCUCGUCUAUUGAGCUCUAAUGUAUUAUAACUCUGUAAUAUAAUGGGAGUAUGCGCACACGUGCAUUUUUGUGUCCGUGUGGCUGUAAUAUACCGUGUGGGUGUGCUGUUGUUCAGUGUACAGUGACAUGUUUGUACAUUGUGCAUUUGUAGCUGUGGACUUUUUGACUCUUACAUUUACAAAGAACUGAUUGUCAAUAAAGAGGACAAACUGGACUGUUUUGGGUUUACAAACAUAUAAACUGCUGAGGAUGAGAUUAAGGCAAGAAACAUCAAUAAAGCCUUCCAGAUCUUAGUAACUUUGAA